UUAAAGAGUUGACACAUCCAUCUAAAAAAAAGAAGAGUUGACACAUCACCUAUACUAGAAGGUUAAAUAGAAUAUGUCCAACAACAAAAAAGAUUAAAUAGAAGGUUACAUAUUUUCUAGAAGUUCUUAUUUGAGGUCCAUAUGACAUGUUAAUUUAGUUACCCAAAAAAAAAAAAGAUAUGUUAAUUUAGGUUUAUCAUCCAUGUAGGCACAAAAUGGGCUAAUUAAGUGUUAGGUGAUAAUAACAAAUGUUAAAUUUCCAUCCACUCUCUAUUUUUCACCAUGUACCGCCCUUCACGGAAAUGUACUUAAUUUGCUUCAUAACAACUCCAUAUAAAAGGCCUUGGAAGGUUCACCUAUGAAUCAAGGCAUCUUGAAUCAACAUUCAACAUCCCUCCGUCUAUCUUUCUGUUUCACACACGUGCACGUACACACACAAAAAUAAAGAUGGAGGGAUCUAGACGUAUGUUUUCAACUGUCUUCAUCCUCAUCCUCCUCCUUGUGGCUAUUGAGACAGGUCCAAUGGUUGCUGAGGGCAAGGUCGCAACAAAGGAGGAGUCAAGGACUUGUGAGUCUCUGAGCACGAAAUUCAAGGGAUUUUGCUUACGAUCAAGCAGAUGUGCAGAGGCUUGCCAAAAAGAGGGCUUCAUGGGAGGCAAAUGUCCUGGCUUCAGGCUGAGAUGUACAUGCACUAAGAAAUGUUAGUGAUAUAACACACUAACUUAUUUUGGUGCGUGAGAUUGAGAAGAUUGAAAAUUUAUUGCCCUUUUUUUGUUUUGUUUAAAAGAAUAAAUGACUAACCCUAAUAUAAAUUUUGGGGUUGUGUCCUUGUUUUUGUUCUUAUGUUAUUUUGUA